AUGGAGUCGCAAGACCAGUCAAUCAGCGCCGAUGAGAUUGCGUUGUACGAUCGCCAGAUCCGUCUUUGGGGUGUGAAGGCCCAAGAAAAAUUGCGGUCCGCAAACAUCCUCCUCAUAACCUUCAAGGCGCUCGCAAAUGAAGUCGCUAAGAACCUGGUGUUGGCCGGCAUCGGUAGCCUCACCAUAAUCGACGAUGCAAUCGCAACAGAGGAAGAUCUUGGAGCGCAGUUCUUCCUAACACAGGACUGUGUCGGCCAGAAUCGAGCCCAAGCUGCCGUCCCGGCAAUCCGCUCUAUGAACCCAAGAGUCCAGGUUUUCGCAGAUGCGAGCAGCGUCUCUACUAAGCCACCGGAUUUCUUCAGUCAGUUCGAUGUAACGAUCGCUACCGAGCUGGAUUUCUCAAUGUGCAACACUAUAAAUGCGGCCUGUCGCAUAGCUGGACGCUCAUUCUACGCAGCUGGACUGCACGGGUUCUACGGAUUUGUUUUCUCUGAUCUUAUUCAGCAUGACUUUGUGAUCGAACGGGCUAAAUCGAAUGUCCCAUCAGCUACCCAGGAAACACCUACACGAAGUAUACUAAACAUCACGACUAAGAAGGAGAAUGAUAAAAUCAUCGAAAUGGUCACGAAGAGGGAGAUGUAUUCUCCUUUGCUCCUAGCAAACACCUCUCCACUCCCGGAUGAAUUUACCCGCCUACCCCGCCGCAAAAAACAAGUAACACCAUUCCUGAGCUGUCUCCGGGCUCUUUGGGAAUUCCAAAAGCUUAGCCAGGGCACACUGCCGUCGUCUUCCCGCCAAGACCUGGAGUUAUUCACAAAGCUAGCCCGUGAUGCGCACCAGGAAUUAAAGCUCGACAUCAGCACUCUUGACUCUGCGUUUCUGCGGACUUUCCUUCAGAACCUUGGGAGCGAACUUAGUCCAGUGGCCGCUUUCUUAGGAGGUAGCUUGGCUCAAGACGUGAUUAAUGUCCUGAGUGCUCGUGAGCAGCCUCUCCAAAAUCUCCUACUGUUCGAUGGCGAGAAAUCUGUUGCACCCACUUACCCGUUGCACCCAUUCUUCCCGAUGGAUAUGGGAAAUACAAUGCCUGCUGUACCUCCAGUUGCGAACCCGACGCCGUUGAAUGGCCAACCAGGCAUGGGGCAGAUGUAA